AUGUCCCAAGAGUUUCAACAACAUAUUAAUAAUAAGACUAAUAAGCAAAAAAUUAGAUAUUUGGAUAUUAGCAAUAAUGAUUUAGUCGGUGAAGCCAACUUAAAAGACUUCACCUCUCUAACUUCUCUCAAUGCCUAUAACAACAAAUUAGAAAGCAUUGAAUUCCUAAAUACUUUACCAAAUAAAGAGAAAUUACAGAGCAUUAACUUUUUUGGCAAUCAAAUUAAAGAAGCCAAAAAUCUCCAAAAUUUAACUAGUGAGCAAUUUAAUAAAUUAGUAGUGGGUAUGAAAGAUAAAAGUAUUCAAAUUAAUUCUUAUAAAAGCACUAUUUUAAUGGAUUUAUUGGAAUAUACUCGGCAUUUAAUAAAAGGUGGCGAUAAUUCCCAAAGACAACAGGCUCAGCAAUUACAAGCUAUUUUACAAAAUAGUCAAGUAAAGAGUGAGCAAGCGUCGAAUAAUUCUAAAACUCCUUUAUUAAUUGGCGGUUGA